AAUGUAACCGCGUUCCAAAAUGGCCGACCAUGGGGACACAGUUUCCCCAGCAUGUUCCUCUAGCGCUACAUAUUCGGACCAACGUCAGAGCCUCGAUUGAAAAGAAAAAUAUAUUCUCUCUGACUCACUCAAAUGAAUUUAACCCCUGCAUCACCCUUUACCACGGCGAGGUGCGCUGAGCAUCAUCAUUAUCAUCGGCAUGCUGCGAAACUAGCGAUCGAGACACUUGUGGACACUGCGGUGAAACCGAAUGGCGGCGAGGGGCGGCAGGUGCAGGGCUGUCCAGGGAGCAUCAGGAGGAAAUGCACGCUUGUUCAACAUGUGAGCAGUUCAUUCAUGAGCGAACAUCCUCAGUAGCUGGCGUCAAUAAGGCUUGACAUCUGUCUCAAAUUCGGAGGCAUAUCCGUUUUGGGGAGUUUAUUAGUUACCAUGCAACGCAGUCUCCAUAAAUUGUCUUAAAAAUGGUAGUGACAGCUGUGCUCCAUCAGCAUGGGUGUUAUUUAAUGAUCUCACCCGCACUGGCUUGACACUGUGUGGACGAGCACGCGUACGCUGUAUUGCGCGUCUCAGCUGUUUCAGGACCGGAUCGCCUUUUGCGCUGAUUACACAAAGCGACAUUACACGCAACAGACAGUGGACAUCCUGCUAAAAGGAUUGUAUUUAAUGCCGUUUUUGUUUUAGCUGAUGGUGCGAUUAAAUGCGACAAAAAUCGAUAACCAUUUGCUUGGUUAAAACUCGUGGUUUUGCGUCGGAACAUCAAGUCUGGAGAUCUAAAUGACUUUAUUGUCAUCGCUUUUUGGGACGCAUUCUUCAAAUCGCCUUAUUGUCGCGCAGCUGUAUGCGUUGGAGGCGCGCGAUUGUCUUCAAGGACUGUCUGGCCAGUAAGUGUGGAACGACUCGUGAGUAGCCCACACGACAAAUGCGUGCAUGAAAAAUUAAUGCUAGCUGUAAUUUUUAAACUGAGGAGAUAAGAAAUAAUGGAAAGUUCAAGGAAACAGUGUGUGUUAUGAAAUAAUCACACAUUCUGUUAAACGGACUUCUCAAUCAGCUGAAAUGCAUCAUGAGUAGGAAAUCCAGGUGAUGUCUUAAGAUGCAUAAUGAUAGGCAAUAAUAAUGGCUUGAAUGGAGAGGUCUUGAUGUUGUAAUGAGCGUGCAACGAAGAGAGAAGGGGGAACAGGGUUGUUGUGAGAGGCAUGCGCACACCUCCCAGAAGCCAAUUUAGUAUUGCAGUGGAUUUAUCAGAAGAACUUUGGUCUCUCUCUAUCUCUUUUUCUCUCUACCUUUCCAUCUCCAUCGCUUCUGGAAUAGAAUGACUCCUAAUGAAAACGUCUCCCAAACACUUCAGUCUGGAAUAUGAGUCAUGAAUAGACAGCCAGAAAACAGCUGCAGUGCUUCAAGUCCACAUUUCAAAGAGAGACGGAAGGGGAUGUGCAUCAGAGAAAUGGACGAAAAGGAAAUAGGCUUUCCUUCCUGUUUAAUGGAUAUCUGCUGACUUUGCUUUUUGCGGCGCAUCCUAACCUUGGACUUGAGGUACAGGGGAAUGUUCUGUGACUCUGAUGAAUGUUCUUUUUUUAUUACCUUAUGAGAGUAAUAUGUGGCUGAAUGACUGAUGAAAUUCGUUUCCGCAAACCAGCUUUGACUCCAAUUCCAUGAUUCUUUGGUGGCAGUGGAAAAAUGGCAUGCUUGACAGAAGAAUAGCAAUGCAUGCAUAUACAAACACAUGCUUACACCCAUCAUAGAAAAACAAACAAUUUCUUUCCUUGUUAUAUUUUAUAUGUGAAUGCAACUUUCCGAAAUGGGAUUUCCUCGUCCAGUUUUGGUGUUGUGACUUUCAAAGUUGACUCUAACUUUAAAGGAAUCUCAGAUUAAAACCGCAAGCCAUUUUACCCUGGUUACCAAUCUCUAACCCCACCACAUUCCGCCUCUCUCCCCCCCACCCACUCCACGUGGGGGGGAGAGCUUCCUCCUACGAAGUGCUCCUAAAAGCUUGCCCCAGCAGACAGUGACUGUUGCACAGGUAUCCGUCAGCAUGGAUGCUGGGCAGGGCAGCCCGGAAAGCCCUAACAGGGCAGUGGAGUACCUGCUGGAGCUCAACAACAUCAUCGAGAGCCAACAGAAGCUACUGGAAACUCAGCGUCGGCGCAUUGAGGAGUUGGAAGUGCAGCUGGACCGGCUUAGCCAGGAAAACAAAGACCUGAGGCUGGACCGACAGCCCUGCCCACCUCCACCUCCACCUCCCAUUCACCCUGCCCCACCACCCACAUCUCACGCUGCAACUUCCACCAACGCCUACACCAAUCAGAUCCACAACAGUGGGCCCAUCCCAAUACCUAUACCGGCACCGGCGCCCCCACCCCCACCUCCACCUGUGCCACCACGGGACCGCCGCAUCAUUGCCAAUACGCACACUAGGCUCGGCCAAAGCCUGUCAGCUGGACCCAUUUCCACGGACAGAGAGGGAGAACGAAACAGGGAGCGAGAACGAGACGUUGCCACCACCAGUUUGGGAAGCACUCUGCCAAGACAUGUGGAGGGAGAUUCUCAGUGUCCGGACACAACUAGCUUUUCUGACAGCACUUGCAGUCAGGGCCCAUACCUGGGCAACUCGGAUCGCUACGGGAACAUUCGAAACAUUCCCGGCCCUCAGGGGCCUCCUGUGGGCACUGCAAGCCCAGCGAGCCUGGCCUGGGCACAACGGAGCCGCCACCAGCCCGCCAGCCUGGCACUCCGCAAGCAGGAGGAGGAGGAGAGCAAGCGCUGCAAAGCGCUCUCUGACAGCUAUGAGCUCUCCACGGACCUGCAGGACAAGAAGGUGGAGAUGCUGGAGAGGAAGUAUGGUGGAUACUUCCUGAGCAGACGAGCGGCUCGCACCAUACAGACAGCCUUUCGACAGUAUCGCAUGAACAAAAACUUUCAGCUGCUGCGCAGUUCUGCCUCAGAAAGCCGAAUGACUCGCCGGAUCAUCUUGUCAAACAUGCGUUCACAGUACUCCUUUGAUGAGCGACAGCCACAGGUUCAGCCCCAGACACCCCAGCAGCAGCAAGGUCGAUAUACCAGCCAUCACACUUCAGGCACAGCUGGCCAGACAGGAAGUACAAACACACAGCAGGAGACGGACUCACCUGCACACUGUCCUUCAGACAGAGAGGAGUACUCACAUGCAGAUGAUGCCUUCAACAAACAGGUGACGUCUUUAGCUGACUCUAUGGACGACACUCUGACAUGUCAGUCGAGCCGAGGAGAUUCUCAGGACGGUGGUGAAGGAGCCAGGGAGGAGAGUGUGGAUUUCGGCGAAUGUGUUUGGAGCAACAAACCUACCUCUCGCAGGGGUGUGGUAGGGGAGCAGGAGCGCCUGGGCGUCAUGCAUGAGGACAGCACAGCCACCUCAUACAGCGACGUCACGCUUUACAUGGACGACGGCAUGCCGUGCUCUCCACUCUCCAUCGAGCGGGUUCCCUCCAGCACAGACACAGAGUACUGGGGCGUCAGCAGUGGAGUCGGAGGCCGUGAAGACAGCCGGGACACGGAAGGCGGAGGGAGCACUAACAGCCGACGGAGCACUCCGUGCACUGAAUGCAGAGAUUUCCGCUUGCGUGGAUCACAUCUCCCUGUUCUGACUAUAGAGCCGCCCAGUGACAGCUCCGUAGACAUGAGCGACCGAUCAGAUCGAGGCUCCCUCAGCAGACAGUUGCUUUAUGAACAGGAGCCGACGGCGGGCGGGUCACCUCAAGGGACCCUAAAACACAACCCUGCACCUCGCACACCCAAUCCUUGUGCGGCACAGGGCCAGACGCGACCCACAGGACGCCCAAUCCCAUCCCCUCUGCCUACACACUUACCACACCACGCUAUGAUGCAUCACCAUCACCAUCCGCACCUUCACCAUCCACUGCACCACCACCCUCUGCCACACAUGCAUCACCCCUACCCAGAUCCAACGUCCCCCUCACCCACUCAGCCUCCGCUCACGCCCCUUUCAUCCUCAUCCUCUGCACCCCUACCCGCUUCCGGCAUGGAGCAAUCGGAUGGGGAUAACGACUCCCUGAACUCCACCACCAACUCCAACGAGACCAUCAACUGCAGCUCGGGCUCUUCAUCCAGGGACAGUCUGAGGGAACCAUUGCCCCCUCUAGGAAAACAGACAUAUCAGAGGGAGAGCAGGCACAGCUGGGAUUCGCCUGCUUUUAAUAAUGAUGUGGUACAGAGAAGGCAUUACCGCAUUGGGCUCAACCUCUUCAACAAGAAACCAGAAAAGGGCAUCCAGUAUUUGAUAGAGAGAGGUUUUGUAUCAGACACACCUGUGGGCAUCGCACGCUUUAUCCUAGAGAGGAAAGGCCUAAGCAGACAGAUGAUCGGCGAGUUUCUGGGAAACCGACAGAAACAGUUUAACAAGGAUGUGUUGGACUGUGUGUUGGACGAGAUGGAUUUCUCUGGCAUGGAUUUGGACGAUGCCUUGAGGAAGUUUCAGGCUCAGAUUAAGGUUCAGGGUGAAGCCCAAAAGGUGGAGAGAUUGGUAGAGGCCUUCAGCCAGAGAUACUGCGUGUGCAACCCUGCGCUUGUCCGUCAGUUUCAGAACCCAGACACAAUCUUCAUCCUGGCAUUUGCUAUUAUCCUCCUCAACACAGACAUGUACAGCCCCAACGUCAAAGCUGAGAGGAAGAUGAAGCUGGAGGAUUUUAUCAAGAACCUUAGAGGAGUGGAUAAUGGACAGGACAUUCCCAGGGAUUUGUUAGUGGGCAUCUACCAGCGCAUUCAGAAAUGGGAACUCAGGACAAAUGAUGACCAUGUGUCUCAGGUGCAGGCUGUGGAGAGGGUCAUAGUUGGAAAGAAGCCCGUGCUCUCUCUGCCUCACCGCAGGCUUGUGUGCUGCUGUCAGCUGUAUGAAGUCCCAGACCCCAAUCGACCCCAGCGGAGUGGAGUUCACCAGCGGGAGGUCUUCCUCUUUAAUGACCUGCUAGUGGUAACGAAGAUCUUUCAGAAGAAGAAGACGUCUGUGACGUACAGUUUCAGACAGUCUUUUCCCCUGGUGGAGAUGCAGGUUCAUAUGUUCCAGAACUCCUACUAUGCUCACGGUAUUAGACUGACAUCAGCAAUGCCUGGUGCUGAGCGUAAGGUCCUGAUUGUGUUUAAUGCACCCAGCCAACAGGACCGAACGCGAUUCACCAGCGACCUGCGAGAGAGCAUCGCUGAGGUGCAGGACAUGGAGAAAUACCGUGUAGAGUCUGAGUUAGAGAAGCAGAAAGGUGUGAUGCGUCCAGGGCUCAUGAGCGGAGAAGUGAGCAGCGUCGGUGGAAUGAAGACUGAGGCUGUGAACGGCACUCUGGGAAGGCCCAGCCUGGAUGACACAUAUGCAGCAGGAGAGGGGCUUAAACGGACGGCGCUUAGUUCUUCACUGAGAGACCUCUCUGAGACGGGAAAGCGAGGCCGUAGAAACAGCGUUGGCUCUUUGGAUAGUACCAUUGAAGGAUCCAUCAUUAACAGCCCUCAGCCGCAUCAACGCUUACCCAUGGGGGGUGCCGUUCCUGGCUGCUACGGGCUGGAAGACUACCGGCCUCACCGCCCCAUCCUGAGCCCCGGAGUAGGGGUGGGGGGUGGGCCGGGGCAGCUUCACAGUGCAGUAGGCAAUAUGGUGGGAGGCUCUGGCGCCAGCGAUCGAGGUGGGGGGCCGGGGAGCAGUUCUGGAGGGAGCAAUUCCGGUUCAUUCCUGGGCUCUCUUUUUGGGAGCAAGCGCGCCAAACCCCCUGCUCCCCUUAUUCCCCCCGGGCCACACUACCCAGCCCCCGUACGACCUCCUACAACAGGAGGACCCCCGCCUCCAUCUCCCUCCGCCCUCAGCCAGUCAGAUCCCGGUGGGCCAUCCAAGAUUCAAGCGCUCCAUGCUCAGUACUGUCACAACAACUUUGCCCAGCCUCCACCCCCCUACCACCAUCACCACCGGUACCACAUGCAAGUGGCCGCCCCUGGCCAUCCACCCGCUAUUCAUCCUCCCUCUAUCCAUCCUCCCGCUAUGCAUCCAUCCAAUAUCCAUCCUCCCGCUAUGCAUCCAUCCAAUAUCCAUCCUCCCGCUAUGCAUCCAUCCAAUAUCCAUCCUCCUGCUAUGCAUCCACCCAAUAUCCAUCCUCCCGCUAUGCAUCCACCCAAUAUCCAUCCUCCCGCUAUGCAUCCACCCAAUAUCCAUCCUCCCGCUAUGCAUCCACCCAAUAUCCAUCCUCCCGCUAUGCAUCCACCCAAUAUCCAUCCUCCUGCUAUGCAUCCACCCAAUAUCCAUCCUCCCGCUAUGCAUCCAACCAAUAUGCACCCUCACUCUGUCCAUCCUCCCGCUAUGCAUCACACGCUACAACGAGGGUCCCUCCCAAGACGGGGACCGGCCGCUCCUUCGCACCCCCAGCUCCAGCAGCAACUGUCCCACCACGCUAUGCAGCAAGGCCGCUAUGGCAACAUGGCCUGCACCCCUCCACCUCUGUCCCCGCAUUCACCCCAUUCUCCCGUAGGCCCUUUCAACUUCUACCACGUGCAUGGAAAUCCAAUACGCCUCGCGCGAGUGCCUGGACCUACAGGCAAGCUUCCUCUUACCCUGUCUCACUCUCAACCCCACCCUCACGCCCACUCCCACGGUCACUCUCAUACCCACAACCAUCUCGUCCACGUUCACAGUCCCCACCCCGAACUCCAUCACUCCGGCCAAACUCAUUUCGUUUUCUCGCCGCCCCCUCAGGCGCCGUCCGCCAUCACAGCCCGGCACAUACCGCAGGGCGUCUCCCACUACAUACCACAGUAUCCGCCCCUCUCAUCCAUCCCACCUCCCCCACCACACUCCCCAUUACCUCCUCCAUCGUCCCCACACACCCCUCUCACGCCUCUCACCCCACUCUCCCCGCUGGCCCCGCAGCUCCCGGGACCCAUGGGGGCGCAGUCUGGCGGCCCAGGGGGCGGAGGAGGAAGUGGAGCCAGCAACAGCAGCACGGUCGGCAGCUCCAAAUCCAAACCUAUCAACCGUAUCAGCACGGUGGUGUGAGGGUUAGCCGCGGUAGAGGGCGCAGGGUCCCAACGCGGAGAAGCCGGAGCACAGGCAAGAGGAAGCACACCAAACUCAGACUCUGUUACUUCCACAUCAGCUUUCCUCAUGUGUAAGAGCAGGAAACCUAGCCGGCUACACGCUCAUUGCUAGCUUGAGCGACCUCUUGCUGUUCGCCGCCAUUCCAAACAAGGGUUGUGUAACAGCGUCAAAUCUCCGACAGAAGAUCUGAGAAGCCUAAACGGGACAAUGGUGAAGCAGAUGAAGUGUUUUUUAAGUAGACAGUUGAAUAUUGCGUGCAUCGCUGCCAAAGGAAGAGAUUACAGGGGGAAAGGGGGUGCCAAUUUAAGACUGGAAUUUCAAAGACCAAGUUUGACUAUACACAAGGUGAAAUAGUGAACUCUUUAAACACUCUACAAGGAUACCAGAAAAAAAAUGAGUGCAAAAUAUAAAAGAAUUCCAUACAUAGUCUUUUAAGUUUCCAUGCGUCUCAGAUGACAAUCAUUUCAGGGUCUGUCAGAAAAUAUUUGCUUGAUACAUUCCUCAGAAUUGUCAGAGUUAUUCCUCAGCAUAAAAAAAGCGCCAGCAUGCACUUAGAGGGAUGCCAAACACUUUUGUAAUUCUGUUAAAAGACUUUUCUUUCGCCUUGUGAGUGAAGGAAUAAGUGGAAACUUCUACACAGUUAAAACAAAAUCAUCAUUAUUUUAAAAGUAUUUGAAGAAUGUUUAUUUUUUUUGCUUGUUUUUUGUCUUGAAGAGGCUGGGCAUCAGGUUUGCAAUAAGUCAGCCAUAACAGUAAAAAACUCUUUUUUAAAGACCUCAGUGAAGUCAUGAUGUCAUUUUCGCCUUUUCGGUUACUAAACAGAAUGUGUAGAAUGAGAAUAUAUUUGCUAGAUAUUGUAUUCAUUUUUGCUGUUAUGAAACACUAUUAAGUAAACAAACCUAAAAACAUCAUACAAAGGAGUCGUGACUGAUAGAAAGCAAUCAGGACUGGAAUAGACUGAAAAUCAGUGCUGUCUCUGUUUAUUUCCUGCCACCUGUUACCUCAGCAUUUCUCUUUCCCGUUUAGCGCUGCCAUUUCACUUUUAUUUAGACUAAAGCUCAUAAUUCUAUGACCAAUGAAACAUUUUUUGGCAAUUCAUUGCAUAACCUUAGUGCCUACUGAAAAGGUUUGUCAUUGGAGGUUCUGGUUCAGUGAUUAUGCUAUGUUAACACCUGGAUGUUUUCCUCUUGAUGACCUGUUGAAAGAGCAGGAUGUUUAUAGCAUCGUUGAAAGUUUCAAAUGAAUUCUGUACUUAUGGACUUGGUUUUGUACAGUUUCAGCUUACAAAGAAAUCUCUAGAAGUAAUCGAGUUUUAAAAAGGACAUCUGGAUAUGGGGGAUUUUAAAGGACGACUUUUAUUACUAUUACGAUGUCAAAUACUACUGAUAUAAUUCUUGCUAUUUUUGGUGUAAAAGCUACUACUAAUAUGAUACCUGGAUAUGUUUUAGCAGAGUGCCGUGCCGAGUGUUUUCUAAGAGCUUUUUUGUUUUGUUUUGUUUUUUAGACGAACAAGCUAGCUUUUUUUUCCUCAUGUAAAAUCAAUGUUUAGCGAACUAAUUGGACUGCUGAUUUCAGGUAAAUGUUUUGCAGCAAGUUUUUGAAACUAUAUUAUCCACAUAAAAGCUGUAUGAUUGGUGUAAAACUUGUCAUUGCCAGAAGCCAUACACACUUGAGCAACUCGCUCUUGUAAUAUUGUGAAUUAACGCCGAGUUGCAUGUCCAGUGUCAGUGCCCUCUUAUUUUUUUAUAGAAACGCGUGUUUAGGGGACCUAUAUUCACACACUCAUUCACACUGGGAAGCUUAACAGCAUCUUUAAAUGUGAAGAUCUUAUUGCUGAAAGUUUCUGAUUUUGCACAUUCACAAGUUAAAGAUCAUCAGUGCCUAGGAUCCAAAGCUCCAAAACCAUCUGCGUCCUUCCAAACAGUCCAUUUCACUUUCCUAACCUCGCCUCUUUGACAACCAAAAUGGGCCAUUCUCUCACCAUUAAGCGCAAUCAUGCACAGUAUUACACAAUAGUGAUGUGUUUGAGUUAUUUUUAUACUAACAAAAUUGUAACAAGUCCGACAAGGGUGAAAAUAAAUAUGAAUCUCUGCUGCUAGGCCCAGCUCUUAUCUUGUUGUUUAGUUUUAUUUGCCUACACAUGGUCAAACUACAACGCUGUUUAUUCAGGUGAUGGAUUCCGGUACUUCAAAUAUGCUAGCGUUAUCAAUAACUGGAAAUCGUAAGGCCCUUGAAGACAAACAGGAAGUCCAUAUCUCUCACAAGCUGUGGUGUAAUCUGAAUCUAGAGGGCCGUUCACUAUAUUUCACAAUUUUCUCUUAUAACGGGCAGUUUUCCUUCGCUUUAACUCUAAUGCUUUGCUCUUGUGCUUGUAUUAACAGUCCUGAGUGCUGGGGCAUGCUACACAAAUAAAGCAGAGACGUCUGAUGUUAAAAAAAAAUGAAAUAAAAAUCAAUCCAGUAGUUUUGAGAUGCGUGUUCUGGUUUCUGGACAUGCUGAUGUCUUGCGCCACCGUGCCCCGUGUUGCAUGUCUGCACUUAGCUGAAUGAUGCUGUAUAAACCUGAAUGUAUAUAUUAGCUGAUAUAAAUAUGCCAUAUUUACUCUGCACUGGACUGGGGUAUCAAUAUCUGGCUGGGAAGGGGAACCAUUGUUUACAUUUUACGGACCUGAGGGUGGGGAGGGGGCUUGGAAGGAAUUGUAAUUGUAAAAUUGUAUCAGUAUGUGUGUGUAAGAGAAGUUCCUAUAUUUAAAAUGAUUCAUUGUAUGAAGUUUUAUUUGUAUAUAUGUAUGAGGUUUCAGUGCAGAACUAAUUCAGAGAAAUUAUGUGAUAAUUUAUUGCUCUCAUUCUAUAAAACAUGUUCUUGCUGUUGGACACUUGUUUUUAUUAUUGGUAUUUUAAAUUUUUUGAUGGACUAUUGGGCUGUUUUACUUUUAUUUUGGUGUGUGAACAGUGUGAAUGUGUAUGUUGAGUGCAUCCAAAUAAUGACAAGUUUAUUUUGAGCAUACAAAAUGGUUUUAUUUGUCUAAAAUUGAGUAUUUUUAUAUCAUCUCAGUAAUGCAAAUAACCACUCAAGAACUAAUGCACAUUACACAUUGUAUAAUUAGGACUAUUGAAAUCAAUCAACAGGUACCAUUAUGAGUAUAACUGCAGAUUUCUACAUUUUUAUCUAACACCAAGACAGAAAUGGCAAAUGAUCUGGGUAAAAUCCUCUGGUCACAUACAUUUGUAAACUGAGAAACGGAAGUUCUUUGUAUGUUUUUGACAUGUACAGUUUAAGCAAACCAUAGACAAAGUCAUGCAAAAUUAGUUUUGCUAUAAGCAGUUGACUCGAAUUUUCAAACUGACUAAAACUCCCCUGCAGGCACACAAUGUCAACAGAAUGUCAUGUUGACGUAUCCCAACAUUGUGGGGACAUUGGAUUUUGUUUGGAAAUUAAAAUCGGGUUGACGUCAGAACCCAACGUCAGGCAGACAUCAAUGUCCAACCUAAAAUCAACCAAAUAUCAACGUCAUUUGACAUCGUUAUUGGAUGUCAAAAUGACGUUGCUCUAAGACGCUGGCCAGACAUUGAAUUUUGGUCACCUGACGUCAUGACCUAAAUCUAACCUAAUAUUAACGUCUUAUGAUGUUGUGUGCCUGCUGGGUCUUAAGGCCGAUUUCUACAAAACCUUCAAACAGUUUUAAACACUUACAAAUAUGCUGACAAAUUUGUAUAUCAUUCCUUUGUGAACAGUUUCUCGAGUAUUCGCUACUCUGUUGUGUAAACCACUUCAGGUUAAAUGUUCCUAAUAACAGUAUAUUAAAGUGUACAAUCUGUUUAAUCUUUAA